AUUCUUCUCCCGGAUGUUUUUUUCUCCAUGGUAAAACAUACGGGAUCCAUCAUUCAUUGUUUUCAAAAUGAAGGAUAUGUGUAUGAUAUAGGUCAUACUUCUUCUAAAUAGACAUUGAUUGUAUUUUUUCGGCUGUGGUCGCAUUUUAAAAAUAAAAAACCGGCGGUUUAAUUCAGUAAUUAUACAAGACUCUUGUAAACGAAACAUUACCAGGCUGCUGCUGCUCGUGGUCAGCAAACAUGCCUCUGGGUUUAAAACCAUGUUGUGCUGUCUGCAAGAUAAACUCAUCCUCCAUGUGGAAAAAAGGAAACCAGGGGGAGAUUUUGUGCAACAACUGCACGGGUAAAAGCGUAAGCAGUGGAAGCUCCGGAGGAUCUGCUUCAUCCACCAUCCAGCAGAAUAAUGGCGGAGGGAAACAGUCCAAACAGGAAAUCCACAGACGCUCCGCUCGGUUACGAAGCACCAAAUACAAAGCUCCUGCAUCUGAGAAGAAAGUCUCAACCAAAGGAAAGGGUAGACGACAUAUUUUCAAAUUAAAAAAUCCUAUCAAAGCACCAGAGUCUGUGUCGACGAUUAUUACAUCAGAGUCCAUGUUUUACAAGGGCGUCUAUUAUCAAAUAGGAGAUGUCAUUAAAGUAAUAGACGAGGACGACGGUAAACCGUAUUACGCACAGAUUCGUGGUUUCGUUCAGGACCAGUAUUGUGAGAAAAGUGCUGCUUUAACUUGGCUGAUCCCAACUCAGGCCAGUCCUCGAGAUCGAUUUGAUCCAAGCACAUACAUUGUUGGUCCUGAAGAGGACUUGCCAAGAAAAAUGGAGUAUUUGGAGUUUGUCUGUCACGCUCCAUCAGAGUAUUUCAAAUCAAGAAGCUGCCCUUUCCCAACAUUACCAGUUCGUCCAGAAAGAGGCUACAUCUGGACUCAUAUAGGACCGACGCCUGCCGUUGCCAUUAAAGAAACCGUAGGGUGACGUGAACCCCUAAAAACACUUUACCUUCAGACUGAACUGAACUUUUUUUAUGUACAAGACUUUUCAGUACAAUUUCAAGAACUGUCAUGAUGGUUAUGUGCGGUAUUGGCCAUUGAACAGUACAUUUCAUAGUAUUUUUCAUAGUAAAACAGGUAUGCGAAUUGAAAAUGAAAACUUUAUGUACAAAGUUCAUUUGUAACACAUCAUACAUACUUUUCAGGCGUGUAUAAAGUCAUACCAACCUGAUUUACAUGUGUUGUCCUCUGUGCAUUUCUCAAAUGUGUUUUCUGAGCUUUCACUGUACUGGGAUCUUCCCUGAAACAGAUUCCAACUCUUGCAUAAAAUUUUAGCCAAUUGACGUGAGCAAAAAUUAUAAUUUGUUCAGUUUUAAUAUAAUUUCUGGAACUCACAUGGGAGUAUGUUUUCCAAGAGGAAUUUUUCUCCAGCUUCAUAGUCUCCUGAUCCUGGUUCUUAAAGUCCUCCUCUACAAUCCUGCAAGACAUUGAAGAUUAAAAGUCUGUAUACACAAAAAUACCUGGAAAGACCAGAGUGAAAUAUUUCUUCAUGUUUUACCUACUUUGAAACAGACUCAAUUAAUCCUACAGUAUCCAUCCAUGUUUUUCUGCAUUGCUGAUGUAAUAAUUACCAUAUUUUAGCAGAUUCUCUGGAUAGCAACUCCUCAGUGGCUUUUAAUUGGUUAUAUAAAUCAGUAAACAUUGACAUAAAGUUCAUUUUUGGUAUAUUCUUUUAAGAAUAUGCAAUUUUAAUAACUAAUGCUCGAACAACAUGACUUACUCAGCAGUAUUAAAAAAUUCAAACCUUUAAGGCAAAUGCAGCACAGGUCACCAUGCAUAAAAUAAAGCAUGAAAAACUCAUUUCAAGGCCUAUAAUAAAAUGUCAUCUUCAUGUAUUUGCAUACUUUUAUGAUGCUGACAUUACAUAAACAGGGACAGUGAAACAUUUAACUUUUUUAUAUCUUUAGGGGAAGUUAACUUAAUGCUGUGGUUUUUUGUUAAAAGCAUAAUAUUUUUUAGAUCAAAUAGUAAUUGGCAAACCCCCUGCAGUGCCAGCA